GACCGCCGACUUUCCCACGCGAUACAUGACAAACCCUGGCUGGACACACGACUCCCUCCUCUCACAAGAUGGCCUCGGAGAAUUUGGAAAUGAACGGGGAUGCUGAUCGGAACGGGGAGGCGGAGGUGCCGCUGCGAGGCCGACAGAGGAGGGACCAGGGACCCCUGAACAUGAACCACUAUGCCAAUAAGAAGAGCGCGGCAGAGAGCAUGCUGGACGUGGCUCUGCUCAUGGCUAACGCCUCCCAGCUGAAGGCCGUGAUGGAGCAAGGAUCAGACUUCACCUUCUAUGUGCCCCUGAUUACGCUCAUCAGCAUCUCUCUCAUCCUACAAAUCUUAGUGGGCGUUAUGCUCAUCUUCAUAGUGAAGUGGAACCUGAACGAUCAGAGCAUGCACUACAAGCUGAAUAUCUUGGAGAACAUGGCCACGGCCUUCGUCUUCAUCAUAGUUGUCGUCAACGUCUUCAUCACUGCGUUCGGUGUCCAGCGGCCCAGCCCAAGUUAAUCAUACUUGACUCUCGAUGCCUUCAGGUCAAUUUAGUAUGAAUGGACCUCAGUAUUAUCAGUGCAAAUGGACAGGAUAUUUAUUCACCAAAAUAAAUGGCAUGCAGGUGCAUUCUGCAACUCUGUCUCCCGGGUUUGAAGAGAUCAAACAUACCACAAAGAUCAAGUGACAUUUGUACGUGUGUGUGUUUGUUUGUGUGUGUGUGUUGAUGGAGUUCCCUUUGUCCCUAACCACUUCCACGGACAUAUAUGUGCUUUUUAUUUCAAGUGGUUAUUCUUCCAUUCAUUACCUCAUAUGCCCAGGUGACUCAUGCAAAUAAACAAUUGCCUUUACUUAUGAACCAAACAUAUCAGGAGCAAAGAUACUGUGUGUGAGUCACAACCACUGUGAAUGCUUCCUGGACCAAAACAAAUUUAGAGUUGUUCGGGAGGUUUAGAAAUUGUUGUUAGGAGCCUUAUCUAUGUAUUUUGUUUAGAUUUGAAAAAAAUGUAGUCAACAAAGCAUAAUCCAAAUGAAAUCCUGAACAGGGAGAGCGACAGGAGCCAUCUUGGCUCUACCUCAGCUUGAGGCCUUACCCAACAGCUUUAUAAAGAGAGCAUAUAGACUGGUUACAUUUUUUAUUUCUAUGCAAAGUUUUGUGCGUAAAGUUUAAACCGAUUUUCAAGUUAAUGACUGAAUAUUUGUUGGUUUGUGUAUAUAUUGUACCAAAGUACAUUUUAAGUUUUAUAUUUUUUAUCACUAUUUCGAGAAGGACAAAAGGUGUUUCUUAGCUUUUGCUAAAUUACCUUGUAUCACAAUAUGUACUAUUUCA